GCGUGCGCAGUAGUUGAGUUCGCCUCCCUUCAGCAUUGCGCAGUGCGCUAUCAUAUCUUAGUUCUCUUUGUGAGAUUUUUUCAGCUGCAGAGAUGACCGAUGUCCAACAGUUUCCAGAAGAUGACAAACAAAGGCACGGGAAAGAGCCGCAAUGUAAUCACUUGACCGACACUAAAGAGGGAAAUUGAGUUACAGCGAUCGACAGAAUGUUCUAGAAUGGUCAUGUGAUGUCCGGAGACCAGUUAUGUCGCACUUUUUAAAAAAAGUACUCUGACGUACGUGUCUGUUUCUUAUAGGAGUUCGUCCGUCGUUGUAAAAAUAAAAAGGUUUUAUUGUAAAAUGGCGUUUCGGAGUUGCGUAAGGUAUGAAAACAGAGAGAGGUUUCGAUUCGAUACAUUUAAUAGAAACAUUUUCUCGGCGUUAAAGCCGCGAGGGGGAAGAAGGGAGCACGUGAGCGGUCUCGUCCAAUGGGAUCGGGAGCUUUCAGCAGGAGGGUAUAAAUACCAGACGGUUGCCGUUAGAGACGUCCGCCAUUGUUGACUAACCUUUCAAAGGAACCGAGUAAUUUCAAACGUAGACGUGUAUGUAAUGUUAAUUUGUUCUGUUGGCGUUGAAAACUAAGCUCAAAACGGUGUUUUUCGGGCGCAAAGCAUCAACAAGAUCCUUCGGUUGGUGAAGUUUCCCAGCAGCGCUCAUCCUGCACAGCAACGUCUGUCUCAGUUCGGCAGUUUUAACUUUCUUUGUUGUUCCCGAGACGGAAAGUGGCACAGACAUUGGAUGUGUAAUGCUUGCUGAGCUGCCUAGGCGUAGUUGCAAAAGCCCUUUCCAUACUGGUCACCACUCCCCGGAUCGGCUCAGACAAUGUCUACUAUGAAACCCCCUCAGAACUUCACCUUGAAUGGGAAUCCCCCUCCCCCCGAGUUCAAGAACCCCAAAAAGCCUGGGCGCCUCACCAAUCAGUUGGAGUUCUUAGAAAAAGUGGUGAUUAAGUCCCUCUGGAGACAUCAAUUCUCCUGGCCUUUCAGACAGCCUGUGGAUGCAGUCCGCCUCAGUUUGCCAGACUAUUAUACAAUCAUAAAGAAGCCUAUGGACUUGAGCACCAUUAAAAAGCGCCUUGAUAACAAUUACUACUGGAAGGCAAUGGAGUGUAUAGAAGACUGCAACACCAUGUUCACUAACUGUUACAUGUACAAUCGGCCAGGAGAUGAUAUUGUUCUGAUGGCUCAAGCCCUUGAGAAGCUUUUCUUGGAGAAGGUGGCAAAGAUGCCUUAGGAGGAGUUUGAGAUCGCUGCUUUGACAUCUAAAGCUCCUGUGAAAGGUGCAAGGAAGUCAACAGCAGUGUUCAGGAGGCCACAGUCUCCUGUGUCUGAGGUGGUUUUCCAACAAACCGUGACCGUCAUCCCUCCAGAUGCUCUUCACCCAAAUCCCUCUCCUCCCCUAUCUGCACAACUCACAGCCAAAUUGAAAAAUGGUGUUAAAAGAAAAGCAGACACUACGACCCCUUCUGCCUCUUCCAUCGCCAGCUCUGAGUCUUAUGUAACAGAACCAAAAGUCCUUAAGUUGUUCUCCAGGAGAGGCAGCGGCCGACCCAUCAAACCUCCCUGUAAAGACCUUCCUGAAUCACCACCACAGCAUCAGGUGGGCAGAAGGAACAAACUCUCAGAGAGCCUCAAAUACUGCAAUGCCAUCCUGAAAGAGCUGUUUGCCAAAAAGCAUUCUGCUUACGCCUGGCCCUUUUAUAAGCCUGUGGAUGCAAAGGCACUGGGCCUUCUUGAUUAUCAUGAAAUUAUUCACCAACCUAUGGAUAUGAGUACCAUCAAAAAAAAGAUCGAAGCUCGUGAGUACACAGAUGCAUUGCAAUUUGCUGCAGAUAUGCGCCUCAUGUUUUCAAACUGCUACAAAUACAAUCCACCUGGCCAUGAGGUAGUGGCCAUGGCAAGGAAACUCCAGGAUGUUUUUGAGUGUCGCUUCUCCAAGAUUCCUGAUGAUCCAAAGAAUUCAGCCCCAACAUCUAGUCAGAACAAAGUAAAGAAGGAGAGAGCACACAAUCCAUCCCGCUCUGAGAGCAGUGACAGCGAAUCAUCGUCUCCAUCAGAAAACUCUUCAGACACAGAAGAGGAUGAAGAGGAGAGAGCACAGAGGCUCGCCAGCCUGGAGGAACAGCUGAAAGCAGUACGAGAGCAACUGCAGUUACUGACCCAAACACCUCUCCUGAAACCAAAAAAGAGGGAAAAGUCCAAGAAGAGGAAGAAAGAGAAAGAGUCCAGUAAGCGGAAAGGUGAAGAAGUGAAGAAACCGGCAAAAAUACAGAAGAGGUCCAACAGCAAGCUGUCAGGGUGGAAGGAGAGCGGAGCAAAGGACUCCGAGGAAGAGAUGAAUGCUUUACCCAUGUCUUAUGAGGAGAAACGGCAGCUAAGUCUAGACAUUAACAAGCUUCCUGGAGACAAGCUUGGCAAUGUAGUGAAUGUCAUCAAGGCGCGAGAACCCUUGCUCAGGGACACCGACCCUGAGGAGAUCGAGAUUGACUUUGAGACUCUCAAACCUUCAACCCUUCGAGCUCUUGAGUGCUAUGUUGUCGCUUGCCUCCGAAAGAAAACGAAAGAAACAGACAAAAAGAAGCUCCAGAAGAAGUCUAAAAUCAAGGAAAUGGACAAAGAGCCAAAAUACAAGAAUGGAGAAUCAAAUGAUAAAAAGACCAAAAUUGAAGCGGAAGGGGAGUGUAAAGAUGUGAGCCAUCCGUCUCGUCUGAGUGACAGCAGCAGCAGCUCGUCCAGCUCUGACAGUAGUAGUGACUCUAGCUCCUCUGAUAGCUGUGACUCGGAUUCAGAACGGAAAGCUAAAAGGAAGCAAAGCAAACCCCCUGGCCAUGCCCACAGAAAUAAAAACAAGGCAUCGCAGAAAACCAUUGCAGAGGUAAAGGAUUCUUCUUCUGCCUCAGUCGUGAUGUGCCAGUCUCGCACAGCGUCUCUAGUCUCAGAGGCGGACUCCAAAGACAUGUUUGCAUCACAAGCAAAACAUCCUGCCGAGGACAUCAUCAUGGCGAUCCCAGCCGUCCCUCCUCUUCUGUCACCACUGACCUCACCUCCUGCAGCCAUGACUAUCACAGGAUGUCAACCUACCUCCAGCUCUCAGUUUGAGCAGUGUGGAUUGUUGUCACCUCUGCAUGAGAGUCCAUUAAGCAACAUGAGGGAUGAGCAGAGCUGCCCGGAGACACUGGAAGAGCCCUCUGUUCAGUUGCACAAAAUGCACGGAACCAAGGACGAUGGCAGUGAACUAUGCAAGCCCAUUCAAGAUCCCAAAUCCAAUCUGCCUAAAAAGGAUAUUGUCUUAAAGCAUGCAGACUCCUGGACAAGCCUGGGUAAGAUGGCUACUCAAACUCUUUGCCCAAUCAAAUCAUCCAAGGAAAGUUUCCAGCAGUUUCGCAAAGUUGCCAUGGAGAAAGAGGAACGAGAGAGAGCUCGUAAACUGCAGAUGGAAAUUGGUCGAGGGAAGAUCAACUCAGACAAAAGCGGUCUGACGCAGCAGCUCCAAAAAACCAACCUGGACUGCACGCCUUCAAAGCCAGAAGUGGAGUCGGCAGAGCUGCCUCUGAUGGCGGCCAUCUUGGAUACCCCCAAAGCCCCUGAGCCCUGCUCUCUUCCACAAAGCUCUGUAGACCAACAACGAGAGAUGGCUCGCAAGAGAGAGCAGGAGCGUCGCAGGAGAGAGGCUAUGUCUGGAGUCAUUGACAUGACCAUGCAGAGUGACAUAAUGGCAACUUUUGAGAAGAACUUGGAUUGAGAUGUAAACAAAUAAAAAAAGAAUUGCUUGUGUGUAUUGCGCUACGGUUCAGUGAACAGUGUAAGCUGUCUUUUCCCUUCUUGCUCCAUGAGUCCUGGCGACUGAAACGGGUCUUAGUCUAUUGACAGACAAAAAUACUGCAAUACAGCUGCAUCACUUCACAUUUGUACUACGUUAGCUCCUGUAAAAAUAAGAAAACAGUCGAGGACUGAUGGUCGUGAAUGAUGUUGUGAGACCAAUAUUUGCACCAUUAAUAGUGUUGAGUGUAUAUUCUUGUUUUCGUUAUUUUGAUCCGUUUAAAGCUUGGUUUCAGAAAUGCCUGCACUGAACUGCUGCCGAUUGUCUGAGGCAGUUUGGAAAAAGAAAAAUGUCUGUCGUUUCACAAAAGUUUUUGUGUUCUUUAACAUUUUUGUUUAUUUUUUUUAUACUGAAGAAUGUUUACUUCUCUUGAUUAUUAUUGCAAUCUGAUUCUUUGACACAUUCCGUCGACUCUUCUGCUGUAUGAAUAUUGCAUCGCUGGUCGUCUUGCGCUAGCUGUUGUGAGAACUGUAAAGGAUAUUCCUGUCCAGGGCCCAGUCCCUGUUUAUCUUACUAGCUGUUUUUGAAGUAUAGCAGUAAUUUAAACAGGAAAUGAGUUGGCUGUGUUAAACUGGUCCUGUUGAAGUUAUACAUGUGUAUAUAUUAAAAUAUAUAUAUUUCUGUAGUGAGUGUCAGAAAUGUAACAUAAGCAUGUGUGUAUAAAUAUUUAGCAUUUUGUUAUGGGGCAGCCAAAUUAUUAUUUUUUCCUCUCCAGGUAUCCACCUACAAAGAAUCAGACUUAGUAAGAGGAGUUAAUGCAUUUCCUGUGCGUCUAUUUGUAUUUAUUUGGAAGUGCCGUGCCAUAAAGUUUCUCUCUUGGAGAUGAUAGGCAGUUUCUGUGCCUAAAGUCAGUGUUCUCCAGAGCUGUGUUGAUUCCAAGGUGUGAUCUGGUGAUUGUACUCCACUGAAGAUGUGUUCAAAAACGUUUUUGACUAUAAUGGUUGUGGCAGUUUUCAUCACAAGCACUUUAUUCAUUACACCACCAUGCUGAGGUGUCACAUGCUAUUGAGGGGAACAAGAAUAUUGUUUCAAAGAAAUCACAUUCUAAAAGUUAAAUCAAUAAAAAUAUUUUCAUUAAA